AACGCCAAAUCUGAACGAUUCCAUCGGAGGAGUAAAGAUGGCGGACAACGGCGGCGCAGAUCCUGUUAAUAACAACAAUGAUACAACUGUUGGUUUGGAGGGAACUAUUAUCAAGGUCACAGUCAAAACCCCAAAAGACAAGGAGGAAAUCGCCAUCUCGGAAGAUGCCUCUGUCACUCAGUUUAAAGAGGAGAUCUCACGGAGGUUCAAAGCCAAGCAGGAUCAGUUGGUUCUGAUCUUUGCAGGGAAGAUACUGAAAGACGGGGACUCUCUCAACCAGCAUGGCAUCAAGGAUGGCCUGACAGUCCAUCUGGUCAUAAAGACAGCACACAAGGCAGGAGAUGGCGCUAGUUCCUCUUCCUCUGUCACCACCCAGGUGGGCAGCAGUAGUGGCAACUCCUCUGGCCCCAGUUCUGCAGCCCACCCUUCUACUGUAGGGUCCACUGGAGGCCCUGCCUCGGCACCCCCACAGACCCCCAACAUACUGACCGGGUUCGGUGGCUUGUCCAGCCUGAGCAACAUGGGCAUGGGCUCCGCUAACUUCAUGGAGCUGCAGCAGCAGAUGCAGAGCCAGCUGAUGUCCAACCCGGAGAUGCUGUCCCAGAUCAUGGAGAACCCCCUGGUGCAGAACAUGAUGUCCAACCCAGACCUGAUGAGGCAGAUGAUCGUGGCCAACCCCCAGAUGCAGCAGCUGAUGGAGCGCAACCCCGAGAUCUCCCACAUGCUCAACAACCCAGAGCUUAUGAGACAGACCAUGGAGCUGGCCAGGAACCCUGCCAUGAUGCAGGAAAUGAUGCGUAACCAGGACCGGGCGCUUAGCAACCUGGAGAGCAUCCCCGGAGGCUACAAUGCCCUGCGCAGGAUGUACACAGACAUCCAGGAGCCCAUGUUUAGCGCCGCACGAGACCAGUUUGGAAACAACCCUUUCUCAGCCCUGGGGGGCAACUCUGACGGGGGGGUGCAGCCAUCGAGGACAGAGAACCGGGAGCCCCUGCCCAACCCCUGGGGUUCAACUAACCCCUCUGAGGGUGGAGCGGGCACGGGCACCACAGGCUCCUCUGCCACUGGCAGCACCACCCCCAAUGUGUCCAACCCUCUAGGCGUCAACUCUGCCAGUCUGGGUAACGGCAUGUUCAGCAGUCCGGGCAUGCAGAGUCUGAUGCAGCAGAUCUCGGAGAACCCCCAGCUGAUGCAGAACAUGCUGUCUGCUCCCUACAUGCGCAGUAUCAUGCAGUCUCUGGCCCAGAACCCAGACAUGGCCUCCCAGGUGUUGAUGAAUAACCCUCUGUUGGCUGGAAACCCCCAGCUGCAGGAACAGUUCAGGAGCCAGCUGCCCGUCUUCCUGCAGCAGAUGCAGAACCCAGAGGCUCUUUCUGUGAUGACCAACCCCCGGGCCAUGCAGGCUCUCCUCCAGAUACAACAGGGCCUACAGACACUGCAGACAGAGGCACCGGGACUCAUGCCAAGUUUGGCACCAGGUGGACUGCCAGGAGGUCUCCCUGGAGGUCUACCAGGGGGACUAGUGGGUGGAUUACCAGGUGGAAUACCCACAACUCCCCUGUCCACGGGAGGGGGUGUGGCUCCAGAGAACCCUGCCUCUUCGCCAAGUGCUGGGGAAAACCCAGCCCAGCAACUGAUGAUGCAGCAGAUGCUCCAAAUGUUUGCAGGAGGGAAUUCCUCGAGCCAGACCCCAGAGGUGCAGUUCCAGCAGCAGCUGGAGCAGCUGGGCGCUAUGGGCUUCAUCAACCGAGAGGCCAACCUGCAAGCCCUGAUCGCUACCGGAGGAGAUGUCAACGCUGCCAUUGAGAGACUGCUGGGCUCACAGCCCUCAUAAAGACACACUCACUCAGUCACAUCGAUACAGACACAUGCAUACAUACUAUCCACCUCUGCAGCAAGAGGAAUGCACACGCAUAUACAUUGUCUACAGAGAACCAAGAGAGAAGAAAUAAACCAUCCAAAAAAGACAGACGAAACCCGGUCAGGACAUGUACCAUUCUAAAUAUCCACCGCAGUCUCCUGUCAGAUCAUUCCCUAACCAUGGCUCCCCUAUCCCCUGGUUUUAGCCUCAUCCAUAAAGCUCUGCUCAGCAGGACCAGACUGACCAGACCAGACCAUUUCCUCAACAGAGGGGUGCCUGGUGAAGGGAGGGGGGUGAGCGAGAACGGCACAGAUUUGCCUCCCUCAAAACCCUCUCCAAAACAGAAUUUCUUUACUCUACCAGAAUUACUAAUCCCUCUUCCUCUUUAAUAAAGCUGUGUUUAUUCCAGGGGUAGACCGUCCUGGAGGGCUGCAGGCACUUCAUGUUUUUGAUUUAACUGACAUGGAUGACCAGGUGUGUUGAGGUUAGGAAAUCACUGAACUGAUCAAUUAGCUCAGUUGGUCAGGUGUGGUGCCGAGUUGGGAUAAAAUCCUGCAGUACCUGCGGCACUCCAGGAACAGGGUUGCCUACCCCUGGUUUAUUCAAUGGGGUGGAGGGUUCGUAGUGCGGCAGAUAGAAAUGCAUUGGCAUAGAGCCGUUUAUGAAACUUCAUAAAGCAUUCCAGGGAUUUGUUUCCUGUCUAUAUGUUGCAUUUCUAGCUGCAAUGUGUUUAACCUUCCACCCUUUUGACUAAGCCCCUGAUUGCAGGGUAAGGUACAGUGCCUUGCGAAAGUAUUCGGCUCCCUUGAACUUUGCGACCUUUUGCCACAUUUCAGGCUUCAAACAUAAAGAUAUAAAACUGUAUUUUUUUGUGAAGAAUCAACAACAAGUGGGACACAAUCAUGAAGUGGAACGACAUUUAUUGGAUAUUUCAAACUUUUUUAACAAAUCAAAAACUGAAAAAUUGGGCGUGCAAAAUUAUUCAGGCCCCUUAAAUUAAUACUUUGUAGAGCCACCUUUUGCUGCGAUUACAGCUGUAAGUCGCUUGGGGUAUGUCUCUAUCAGUUUUGCACAUCGAGAGACUGAAAUUGUUUCCCAUUCCUCCUUGCAAAACAGCUCGAGCUCAGUGAGGUUGGAUGGAGAGCAUUUGUGAACAGCAGUUUUCAGUUCUUUCCACAGAUUCUCGAUUGGAUUCAGGUCUGGACUUUGACUUGGCCAUUCUAACACCUGGAUAUGUUUAUUUUUGAACCAUUCCAUUGUAGAUUUUGCUUUAUGUUUUGGAUCAUUGUCUUGUUGGAAGACAAAUCUCCAUCCCAGUCUCAGGUCUUUUGCAGACUCCAUCAGGUUUUCUUCCAGAAUGGUCCUGUAUUUGGCCCCAUCCAUCUUCCCAUCCAUUUUAACCAUCUUCCCUGUCCCUGCUGAAGAAAAUCAGGCCCAAACCAUGAUGCUGCCACCACCAUGUUUGACAGUGGGGAUGGUGUGUUCAGGGUGAUGAGCUGUGUUGCUUUUACCCCAAACAUAAUGUUUUGCAUUGUUGCCAAAAAGUUCAAUUUUGGUUUCAUCUGACCAGAGCACCUUCUUCCACAUGUUUGGUGUGUCUCCCAGGUGGCUUGUGGCAAACUUUAAACAACACUUUUUAUGGAUAUAUUUAAGAAAUGGCUUUCAUCUUGCCACUCUUCCAUAAAGGCCAGAAUUGUGCAAUAUACAACUGAUUGUUGUCCUAUGGACAGAGUCUCCCACCUUAGCUGUAGAUCUCUGCAGUUCAUCCAGAGUGAUCAUGGGCCUCUUGGCUGCAUCUCUGAUCAGUCUUCUCCUUGUAUGAGCUGAAAGUUUAGAGGGACGGCCAGGUCUUGGUAGAUUUGCAGUGGUCUGAUACUCCUUCUAUUUCAAUAUUAUCGCUUGCACAGUGCUCCUUGGGAUGUUUAAAGUGUGGGAAAUCUUUUUGUAUCCAAAUCCGGCUUUAAACUUCUUCACAACAGUAUCUCGGACCUGCCUGGUGUGUUCCUUGUUCUUCAUGAUGCUCUCUGCGCUUUUAACGGACCUCUGAGACUAUCACAGUGCAGGUGCAUUUAUUCGGAGACUUGAUUACACACAGGUGGAUUGUAUUUAUCAUCAUUAGUCAUUUAGGUCAACAUUGGAUCAUUCAGAGAUCCUCACUGAACUUCUGGAGAGAGUUUGCUGCACUGAAAGUAAGAGGGCUGAAUAAUUUUGCACACCCAAUUUUUCAGUUUUUGAUUUGUUAAAGUUCGAAAUAUCCAAUAAAUGUCGUUCCACUUCAUGAUUGUGUCCCACUUGUUGUUGAUUCUUCACAAAAAAAUACAGUUUUAUAUCUUUAUGUUUGAAGCCUGAAAUGUGGCAAAAGGUCGCAAAGUUCAAGGGGGCCGAAUACUUUCGCAAGGCACUGUAUAUGAAGACCGGAGGAAGAGAAUCACAAAACAGAACUUCGUCAAUCUCACACGGAUAUCAGUUAAGCCUGCCUGAAACCCUUUCUAUUUAUUGCUAAAAGAACCCCCACACUUCCCUAAAAUAAAACAAAUAGUCAUUCCAGAUAGGAUAUCUCUAUCUCCACUCAGCUGUGAGUUCUUCCCUGAAGGUAGGAUUGCUGUGCUUUUUUUGUCUUCAACAAAACAUUUAACACCAACCACGCUUAUCAAAUGGAUCGAUUUGAUCAAACCCUGGCUAAGUCAAAUCAAAUGAGUCUGCCAUUGGUGGUCUACAUUGACUUCACACACUGGUGUGUCACAAGAUUGAGAACUGUCAUAAUGGUUAUUAAAAAGACAGAAUGGAGUUCUGGGGAAGAAGACACAAAGACAAGACAGACAGAUUUCCUUUUCAUUUUAUUCUGAUUCAUUAUGUAUUUUAAUUUGAUGUGUAAGUAGUACAUAUAGAAUCUGUUUUGUCUCAUUAAAAAAAAAUCUUCCUGGAAAAUGUAUGAAUAAAAUAUAAUGAAAAAAAUGCUUUCCAUUUUUGGUAUGGUGUGGCAGUGAAGUUCUAGCUUUUUGCUUUUCUGAGAAUCUCAGCGUUAUGGUAACCUUGGCAAUAGCUUCUAUAGCUGUGCUUUGUCUGUUGGCCUCAGCUUAAAUCUAUCACCCAAUUAAACAUGUUGGAACUAACCUUUAACAGUACUGUACUACAAAAUAAAACAAAGUUGGUCAAUAAGAA